AAUGGACGAAAAAAAUUCUUUGAAAUACCUCACUAGCUCAAAAAGGAUUGGAAAUUUUACUCCAGGAUGAGGCAAGAAUAGGUUAAUAGGAGCAGAUAUAAAAAUCCUUGGCCUUUCUUUUUUGAUGAUCCUUAUUCCUUCAGUUUGGUUUGUGUUCUACCAGCUUCCUCUCUAUGAAGGAUUCUAUAAAUGAUUUGCAGUUGAAGUAGUAUUUAUUGCAUCCAUGCUGGUUGAUCUUCUGACUCUUGUUGAUGUUGGAACAACAGAUUCUGGAAUAAUUCCAAGAGCAACUUUGAAGGUUAACAGAAAUUAUAAUUAUUACAUUGAACCAAGAAAUCCAGAAGGAAGUUUAAUCAAAUUGAAAAUAUGCAAGACUUGUCAUAUUCUCAGGCCUCCCAGAAGUUUCCAUUGAAAGAAAUGUGGAACAUGAAUUGAAGUGCAUGAUCAUCAUUGCCCAUUCACAGGUACAUGAAUAGGAAGGAGAAAUCAUAUAAAGUUUAUCAGAUUUUUGUUUGCUACAUUUAGUCAUGGUGUUUUUGCAGCACUUUUGGGGAUCUAUCCCUUAUGGCUCAAGUAUAACAAGCCUAUUACAAAUAUGUAUAAAUUCACUUCAGUUAUAUUAAUGGGGUACUCCUUAGUGAUUAUGACUCUGAUGUUCUUUUUCGGAAUGUUUCAUGUCCAUCUAUCCAUUACUAACGUCACUACGAAUGAAAAAUUAAGAGGGAGUUAUAAGAAGAAGACAAAUCCUUGGGACCUUGGGACCAAAAGAAAUUGGCAUGAGAAAACUGAGGUCAACCCUGCAACCCCCUCUAGUAUUUUUGACAACCUAAGAAGUCUAAUGGAAGAUGAGGAGCAAUUUUAUCACUCAAUCCUCUCUAGAUAUGGGACUUUAGUUUGCCAAAAGGUCAGUCUCAGUAAAUCUGAUAACACAAGUGAUUCUGAAAAUGAAUUCAUAGAGUAUAACAACCACGGACUGAUCAAAAUGAUGCAAAGUGAAGAAAUGAUUAACAUCGAAUCCAUUGACGAUGCAGUAUAAAUUAGGAUUUGUUCAAUUUUAUUUAAA